UACAUUGUGCAUUCCGGUUAAUAUCCAAGCAUUGGUUUGUUUACAUUGUGUUUCUUGGUAACAACAUCGACCACGAAUACUCAUAUCGAAUGCGACAACGAUUCUACAACCCACAAUCUACAAUACAGCAUCGCGCAUUGAAACCUCACGAUGUCCUACAAUCCACGCAUGAGCAUGGCUCCCCCCCCAUCUCAGCAAAAAAGCCGCGUCACGAAAAAAGAAGAAGAGAGCGAUGCGUUUAUGCGCCUGCCCGACAAGGAAAUUGCAGGAUGCAUCAGCGAUAUUGGUGUCCCAUUCACUGCCGCCGACCUCCAGAAGCCGAAUCCGCUUCAGAUCCAACAAAUCUUCCAAUGGUUCGCCGAGCUGCUCAUGAACGCGACCCACGACACCAUCGGGCCUGCGAUGCGCGCGGCCGCUGAGGAUGUUUGCGGCGAGUACAUGGAUGUGGUUCCGUCGGAUGUGCGCAACUUGAUGGGCUUCUAUAUGUCGCUCCGCAAGCUGCUGCUGGAGUGCGGGGUGCACGACUUCUCGUUCCAGGACCUCCAGAAGCCGACACACGAGCGCCUGAGCAAGAUCUUCAGCUACAUUAUCAAUUUUGUGCGCUUCAGGGAGAGUCAGACGGGCGUCAUCGAUGAACAUUUCAACAAGGCUGAGACGACGAAAGGGAGGAUCGAGACGCUGUAUAUGGAGAACCAGGAGAUGGAGGCGCGACUGGAGGAGAUGAGGAGAAAUCGGAAAGCGAUGGAAAGUCAUGUUUCGGAGAAGGUGAAGCGCAACCAGGAGUUGAAACAGAGAUUAAGGGCGCUCCAGGUCAGCCAGACGGAAGUUAUGGCAAGAUACGACGGGCUUCAGAAGAAGAAGGACGAGUUGACACAUGUCCUGGAAGACAAGACGGCGACGGCAAUUAAUCUGAGGCAGGAGAGCGGGAAGUUGAGGCCAUAUGUGUUGCAGAGCCCUGCGGCACUGCAGGCUACACUGACGGAUCUGGGAGCGUCACUGAGCAACGAAAAGGCACAUAUCGACAGCCUUGACCGCCGCGCAAGAGCACUCCAGACUAGCACCGACACCUUUGGCGUCGUAUCAACAGAUGUCGCCUCUGUGUCGAAGAUCCUUGAAGAGACGGCAGCGGAGCUACAGAAGGAGGAUGAGGAGAACGUCAAAAACUCGCGGCAGCGUGAUGCGCUGUCGGAGCGCGGGAAUAACGUGCGUGAGGUCGAGCGCGAAGAGUCGCUUCUUAGGAGGCAGCUGGCGAAGUACAACGAGCGCACAGAGAAACUGCGUGAGGGGAGUCGGGAGAAGGCUCAGGCGGCGAAAGAGAGGAUGGAGGAGUUGAGGGCGGUGCAUAGGACGCUGACGGAGGAGAGGGGAGACAAGGGACGGGAGAUGGAGAGGAGGAGGGUGAGGAUCGAACAGACUGAGAAGAAGAUGGUGGAUCUGAAGGAGAACAUCGAGAACGAGAUACACACAGCGCACGACGAAUUCUUGAAGAUGGAUUCGCACAUCAAGCUGUACAUCACGGAGAUGGAGCAGUCGUUGUAGAAUGUUGGUCUAUUCGGAGAGAUGAUUGGGGAUAGGUAUAAACACGGGAUUGGGCGGCGUUUCGGGGAGCGUAAUGUGCUGGGAAUACCUCUGGAUACUGGUGUUGCUUACGAUGCAGGUUGGGGGGAUUGCGUGAUACCUUGUUAAAGUUGAAUGAUAAUGAAUAAAUGGACUUGUUUUUGCAACAGUAGUCCUCAUGUGGAAGUUAAUGAAUGGUGUCUGACUGAAGGUGUUUUAAACGUUGGCUUUGCCACAAAGCUUUUUUGGCGGGGCUGACGUGAGAUACGCAUCCCUGCAUCUGCUUCCUUCCACGAUCAACAACAAUCCCCAUCUCUCUGCCAUUGUCCAACUGCCACCAUCUCGAAACCGUUCACUCGUCUACUAAGAGUAUAAUAUCAUACUCUAACGCCGUUAACUCUCCAUCUCCGCGCCAACCACCCACAAUGUUCUCCCUCCGCCACCUUCCCCCUCUGGUCGUGGCUACUGGGAUGGGCCUCGGUGGGACUAUGCCAUUCUUCAGUCCCUCCCGCGCAAUGACGACCUUCGGGCUUCCCCCCUCUCUGGCCGAUAACCCAGCCGCUCAGGUCCUCAUGACCAUCAUGGCCGGCCGCAACGUCGCGCUCGGGGCCGCGAUCUGGCUGCUGUACCUGCAGGGGGAGCUGGGAUCCGUGGACACGGUGCUGGGGUGCGUAGGGAUUGUAGGGCUGGUGGAUGGAUGGGUGUGUUGGAGAGAAGGGGUCACUGGGACUGCGUGGUUUAGAUUUGCUAAUGGGCUGUUUUUUGGGGGGUGGGGGGUCUUAGGGAUGACGGCUGGGAGGGGGAGGUAGGGUAACUGAGAAUCGGAGAAUAUAGCUAGGCGACUGAGAAUGGGAGUAUCUAGCUAGGCG